AUGAAGCAGGGCAAGGAAUAUUCUGUCACCAAAUCAGACAGCAGACGAAUUUACUUCAAAUGCAAGCAUUUAGAUAAGUGCCCCUUCAAGCUCAGUGCAUCGUCUCAAGAUGGAUCCAUUUGGGGUGUGUAUAAGUUUACCAAUGAGCACUCAUGCGACGGUGAUCUAGGGCGCGUAAAGCGAAUAAAGGCCCCCGCAAAAGUCGUUGCAACAUAUUUAGCACAGAAAAUACAUAACGAUUGUGAGAUCUUGAAGCCGAAGGCCAUCCAGCUGGAGCUGCAACGUGAGUUUGGUGUACAGAUCAAGUAUGAUGUUUCAUUGCGAGCCCGUAAUCGAGCGACUGAGAUGGUUUAUGGUCGACAUGAUCAAUCCUUCGAGAUGCUGCCUAAGUAUUUAUACAAGUUGAGACAAUCCAAUCCCGGUUCGUUGGUGGAGUGGGAAGUUGACCCUGAUGGUCGAUUCAAACACUUAUUUGUUGCUCUUGCAGCUUUGGCUAGUUGUUUCAUAUUCAACUUACGGCUAGUGAUUGUAGUUGACGGCACACACUUGAAGGGCAAGAAUAGGGGUAUUCUAUUUGUUGCAGUGACCAAGGACGGCAAUGAAAGUUUAUUCCCACUCGCGUAUGGUGAUAAACACUCAUUUUGCAUGUUUUGA